AUGGGUAACGACGGUGGAUCUAUCCCUCGACGCAUUGAGCUUGUCAAAGAGAAGCAAAAGGAAGUCAAAGUCAAUCCCGAUCUUGAACGUGUCGCUGCAUGGUUCUAUUGUGCUCUAUCCAAGCAACCGUUGCAACCACCGAUCGUCGCAUGUGGUCUAGGCAAGCUGUACAACCAAGAUGCCAUUAUCGAGUAUAUGCUUGACAAGAAUGUCUAUGGCGAUGGUGACAAGAUUUGCUCGCAUAUCACUUCUCCAAAGGACACUGUCAAGUUGACCCUCACUCCCAAUCCUGCGUUUGACGAGAAUGAUGCUGCCAAAGACUCGACCACCAUGGGCCAUUUGGAUAAGGAUAUUCAAAGUCGAUUCAUUUGUCCAGUAUCAAUGAAGGAAAUGAACGGCAAACAUCGAUUCGUCUAUCUCGAUACAUGUGGAUGCGUCUUUGCAGAGCAAGCAUUAAAGGAAGUCAAGACAUAUGAAUGUGUAUCGUGUGGCAAACCUUUUGAGCGAGAGAAUGUGAUCGUCAUCAACCCUGCCAAGGAAGAAGUGGAUGGAAUGAGAGCUGUUAUGAAAGCCAAAAAGGCCAAAGCCAGGGCUGAAAAGAAAGCUAAAAAGGCUGCCAAACAAGCGGAUGGAAAUGGUACUACUGAAAAGAAACGUAAACGAGAACAAUUGGCAUCCGAGUCACCAAGAUCAUCCAGUGCAAGCACACCUCCUCCACCCAAGAAAUCCAACAUCUCAUCGGCAGCAGCUACGGCUGUGAUGGGCAAGGUCGCUCAAGAGCUUGCGGAGAAGCAAAAGAACACUGAAAUGUCCAAGGCGAUCAAGAGUAUCUAUGAGAAGAAGGAAGUCAAGGGCAACUAUCUCACUAUGGGUACCUUUAAUCGUUAUGCUUAA